UCAAUAAAUCUUGAAAAUAUACAUAGGAAUAGGGGAUUUACCGUUUCUUUUUGAAUAUUUAUUUAGCCAAUAAAGAAGAGGUAUUUAAACCCUUAGUAAAAAAGUCAGGCCAUAGUGUUUAAAGUAAAAUGCAGCGAAGACAAAUCAAGGAUUUAGAAUAAACUGAAAUGGCAUCAACAGAUUCAGGAGUUUCUUCAAAUCCACUGACAUACAUUUUAGACGAGGGAUAUCCACCUCCAGAUUACCCAGGUGACGAUAUAAAGGAUUCAUCUUAUGGCUCAAGGGGAUAUUUAGGUGUUGAAAAGGCAAAUAAGAACGGAAGACUUCAAGAAAGACAAAAAUCAGAUUUAUCGAAAGCCACAAGUGGAUAUAUAGACAUUAAUAGGGCAAACAAUAAUAGAGAACUUCAAAUAAGACUGAACAAAAAUGGGCCACUUUAUGAUAAUAAUCUCUUGCCAGAUCUUGACAAUCAUAAAUGUGUAUCCAUUUCAACAAAGAGACAAAUGCCAGCUAUAUUUAAUGUGAGUAAAUCUAGUACCUGCUUUAAAUGA